UUAAAAGUAUGAAUACAAUACAAUUCUCUACAAGCUUGUCGAGACCUUUAUUUUGAAAUUUGCCACCGGAAAUCUCAAUUCUGGUCCCUCAAAGCAAAAUCUCAGAUGAGCUUCACACAUGCGCAGUCUUGUCCUCGACAUAAAACAAUCCUUGGUGAGCAUCUUACGCGGAUCUAGUGUCCAGCUUAUUAUCGUUAUAUACACGGUUAUUGAAGACACCAUCACAAUGGCACACAGUGGAUAUCUGCAGGCAGCGAUGCUCCUGCUGGCGGUCCAGCUCCUCUUUCUCGGUGCAGCUGAUGCGGAUCAGGAGACUGGGACUGUCAUCCCUGCAGAAAGUCGUCCAUGUGUGGACUGUCAUGCUUUUGAGUUCAUGCAGAGGGCACUGCAAGACUUAAAGAAAACCGCUUUCAACCUUGACGCCAGGACAGAGACGCUGGUCCUGAGGGCGGAGAGGAGGGCGCUGUGUGACUGUAUGCCCACCAACUCACUGCGCUGAACUCUGCACUUCACUUGAGGACACUUCCACCUGCUGUCACACACGGAUAACAACUCUGCUCUAAACCUCUACUCAUCUAACUUAUCACACAAUGGGCACUUUAUUUUAUUUUCUCUCAUGUCAGUGUUGGGUGAAGCUUUGAUUUGAAUUCAUGCGUCAUGAGGCCUGUCGUUUGUUUUUGCCUUAUUUGGGACGACUUUUAUACCGCUGAUGUUUGAGCUCGUGUUUGAAAUCAGUCCGUUUCCAUCGUCUGGGGAUUAAAACCAUGAGUCAUGUGUCUCCUAUGGAACUAUUUUUUGUACUUUUUAGUAUUUGACUGUAAAAUGUAGAUACGGUAGAAUGCAUCAGUAACUUUACAUGUUGAAUGUCUUGUGUGAGAUUAAUGUUUACGAUGAUUUUACACAUCAAACUGUAGCAUCAUGUGGAAUUUAUUUAACAGCUCUAAUACUUCAACGAUAGUUUAAAUUAGUUCAGCUUCCUUUGGGCAGAAAAAUGGGUUGGGUAACUUAUUAAUGAAGUUAUUUUACUUUAUGAAGAAGUCAGCAGAGGUCAAAUUUAAGUUUCAUCAGAGUUCAGCUAACAAGAUCUGCAUUUUUUUUUCUGUUUUGGCCACAAAUGCGUUCUUUUAGGUCUGGAUUUAGCACAGCACUGUAGCAUGAAUUUACAGCACUUUUUGUUAACCUACUGUUAAUAUAGAUUGUAUGUAUAGAUUAUGUAUAUGUACACGGGUACAUGUAAUUACAGACUUUGUUCUCUGUCUGACAAAUGUGUAUGCAAGUAAGGAAGUAUCAGAUGAACUGCAAUAUGAGCAGGUGAAGGGAGCCUUGAAACAGAAAGGCUAGCUAAAGAAGUAGAUCUAGAGAUAGAAAUAUUAAUUGUCUUAUUGUUGCUUGUUUAUGAACAGUGUACUUUGUAAACAUAAUGUCAGAAGACGCCCCAUUUAUUGUCUUAAUGUUGUACCUAUCAAUAAAAACAACCAAUGAUCUCUG